CACGCGCAAGCUAUACUAGAGACACUACCUUGUCAAUUUGACAACUUGAAGAUUUUGAAACUCAGAACACACUUUCUUGACAUGCCCAACAUUCUGUCAAGUUUUUGCAUACUAAGGAAUGCUCCAAACCUGGAGGAACUGAAAAUCAAGAUCAUGGUAGGUAGUGAUCAGAAACAGAUAGUAGAAGCAAAUGGAGAUUUCCAAAACAAACAGUGGAGUGAGAGCAUGUUUGCCAACCUUCAGGAAGUGCAGAUAAAGGACAUUGGUUUCUACUCUAAUGAGAUGUCUUUCAUAGAGCUUGUCCUUUCUAAAGCAAGGCUUCUUCGCAGACUGAGUAUUAGACUUGAUGUGGAAUGCUUAAUACCCAAAGAGGAGGUUUUGGACGUGUUAUUGAAGUACAGCAAAGCUUCACCUAAUGUCGAGGUCGGCCUUGAAGAUCUUGAUGAUGACAUGGAUAUGGGGAUUGAAACUGAUCUGGAGGAGUCCACGGAUGAUGACAGCUGAUGGCUCAGGUCCAACGAGAACUUUUGGCGAGUAAAACCUACUUGAAGUUGUUGUCUCAUGAAUCCUCAAGAUAAAUACUCCCUCCAUUUCAUAAUUCCUGUCAGGUUUUAGUGUGAGGAAGGAAUUAUGAACAGAGGGACUGCAAUUUUUUAACCCAAAAAGAAAGAAUAAAAUUCUCUUGUAAGAGGACAGAGCUAUUCUACUUCCAGUUUACUCAAU